AUGACGCCGCAGCGGUCGCCGGCGGGGACCGGAGGAGGAGGAGGUGGCGGCGGAGGCGGCGGCUGGGGCCCGCCGGCGCUACACUACCUGAGCGGCCCAUACGGAGAUACCACCUUCACCAAGGUUUUCGUGGGCGGCCUCGCCUGGGAGACGCGAAGCGAGGGGCUUCGCGCCCACUUUGAGGUCUACGGGGACAUUCUCGAGGCCGUUGUCAUCACCGACCGCGGCACGGGCCGCUCAAAGGGCUACGGAUUCGUAACCUUCCGGGACGCAGAGUCAGCGAGGAUGGCCUGCAUGGACCCAUACCCAGUUAUCGACGGCCGACGCGCUAAUUGCAACCUUGCCAUCUUAGGGAGGCCUGGUCCAGCUUUGCCUUUCGUAGCACCUAUAAGGCCGGUCAUCCCAUACAAUGGAGGUGUGGCGGUUCCAGGGGGCAUGUAUGUGCAAAGCCCAACAUAUCAGCAAUCCCCAUACAACUACUCACAGGCCUUUGUAUAUCCUUCUUAUGGGCCAUCAGCAUAUGGACCUGAAUACCUAUAUCAGCAGAAUGCAUAUGGUCCAUAUGUUGGACAACAGUAUGUUCCAGUUUAUGGUGGCCCAAGGACAGUAGGCCCGGCAGUCUACCCAUAUGGGCAAUUUGGCCAACCUGUACCAAGUGAUCAUGCUUAUUCUCCUGGUUAUGCCCCAAGUCAUGUUCUCCCACUAUCGAAUCAGAAUGUUAAUGCUGCAAAUGUUGUGCGCAUACCACCAGUUCAGCAACAAUUUCCUCCAGGAGCUCCACGACCUCAGCAGCUUUUGGUCCCUGCUCAUGCACCGCCAUUCCCGCAGAACAACAUUUCUGAACAAACGACAGGCAUCCAAUAG